AUGGCCAGUCAGCCAUCGCAGGGAGCGGAUCCUUCCGCUGCUGCUGCUAAUGCUGCCGCUGCGAGUGCUUCUGCACAGCAGUAUCCGGGAGGAGCACAUGCGCAGCAGGUCGCUGGUUACCAGCAGGCAAUGCACAUGAUGCACUUGCAGGGAGGACACGUGGCGAACGCUGGUGCAACACCGCAGGGAUACCCUCAACAGAUGCCUGGAUCUUACCCGAUGUACGCCAUGGGUCCCACGGGGCCGGUUAUGGUCAACCCUCCGAUGUACGCCGCUUACAUGCAAAACAUGCAACACAUGCACGCCGCUCAAGCUGCCGCCGCCGCCGCUGCCGCCGCUGGUGCCGCCCAGAAACCCGGCGCAUCAGCUGCAGCAGACGGUGCUUCUGAGGGAGGUUCGGCAGCAGCUGGUGGAGGCAUUGACGCGUUUGCGAGUCUGCUGGGCAGCACGGAUCGUGCUCUGCUGGCGAAAGCCGGGGAGGCUGCUGCGCAGAAGAUGCACGUGAAGGGCUUUAAGGGGCAGGGAGAGACGGACCAGGGAGCGACGGGGGAAACCGUGCCACAACAACAGCAGCAGCAUCAGCAACAGCAGCAGCAGCAGCAGCAGCAGCAGCAGCAGCAGCAGCUGCAACAACACCACCAGCAGCAGUACCAGCAACAGCAGUACCAGCAGCAGCAGCAGUACCAGCAACAGCAGUACCAGCAACAGCAGUACCAGCAGCAGCAGUACCAACAGCAGCAGCAGCAGCAGCAGCAGCAGCAGCAGCGGGAAGGAGGUCAACCUCUCUCCCCUGGCGCCGCAGCCCCCGCACCAGUGGCAUCGGUACCCCCAGGAAUGCCAUCAGGGAUGCCGCAAUACCCCCAGUAUGCCUACUAUCCUGGGGGAAUGCCCUGGUGGCCUCCAGGUGCUGUUCCAGGGGCCGUGCCUGGCGCUGCUCCUGGCUCAAUCCCCGGAGGUGCUUCAGGUGCAGCUCCAGGUGUAAUUCCAGGUGCAGGCCCUGUUGCGGCUUCAGGUGUAACGGGAGCCGCGCCAGGAGCAGCGCCAGGCGAAGUUACAGGAGGAGCCGGCGGUGGAGCGAAGGAAGCAGCCGCAGCAGCAGCAGCAGCAGCAGCACCUGAAGCUCCAGCAGCCAAGAAACCAGCUGCUGCGCCUGCAGUGGUUGUUCCUCAGCCGCGUAACCUUGCUGCUCCCAUCCCACUGUCGCUCUUUGGGGAGGAGGAGGAACCAGAGGAGGAGGAGGUGAAGGAGGAGGAGAGUAAGCAGGAGGGCGAAGAAUCAGCAGUAGCAGAAUCAACGGCAGCAGCAGCAGCAGCAGCAGUGGCGGCGCCAGGUGCAGCAGCAGCAUCGUCCCUUGAAGCUGAUGAGGAGGAUGAUGACUUUGGUGACUUCUCAUCCGUUCCAUCUUCCACUGCAGCCCCCACUGCCUCUACUGAGUCUGCUGCUUCCACCGCUGCCCCAGAGCCUUCAGCAGCAGCUGUGCCUGCCGCUGUAUCAGCUGCAGCUGCAGGGGCGGGGACAGCAGAGGAGGACGACGAGUGGGGGGAUUUCUCAGAUUCAUUUGCUCCAGCUCCUGCUGCUCCUGCUGCCCCUGCUGUCCAGGCAAAUCCCCCUCAGGCGGAGUUUUCACAGGCGAAUAUACCCAAGGCGGAUGCUCCCCAUGCUCUCGCUCCCACUGUGCCUUCUGUGAACGCACCCAAGGCAACACAGGCAUCUGGGGCUCAGGCAACUGGAGAUCUUAACUCCUUUGGCACUGGGCUGUCUACUGUCUUUAGCUCUGCCGCUGCUGCAGCACCCACAUCCGCACCUCCUACAACACCCGUACCUGCACCCGUACCUGCACCCGUGCCUGCACCCGUGCCUGCACCCGCACCUGCACUCUUUUCUUCACCAGUGCCACCAGCAGCCAUGGCAUUCGACCCUGAUGACGACUUUGGUGAUUUCUCCUCCUCCCCAGCAGUCCCCUCUGCUGCCUUCGCCCCUGCAGUUUCUGCGCCUGCACCCGCUGGAGCAUCUGGUUUGGGCAUGGCUGCAGCUGCUUCCUCCUUCCCUCCCUCCCAUGACUCAACACCCCAGUUCUCUGCUGCGGUCUUUGGAGCCUUUGCCCCGCCUCCUGGCGCUUCUGCUGCUGCUGCCCCUCCUCCUGCUUUCGCUCCUCCUGCUGCUGGCCCCACAGCAGCUCCAAGCAAGGAGAUCUCAUUUGAUGAUGAUGAUGAUGACGAUUUCGGGGAUUUUGCAGGGAGCGCUGCUGUGAGUGGGAGUGCAGGCAGCGGGAGAGGGGACUCUGCUGCUGGUUUACCCUCCGCUGUGGGUACAGUUUCCGCUUCCCCGGAGUUUGUGGGGGUAGACCUCAGCAGCACUGCGCUUACCCCUGAUCCGUCGCUUCGCCUGGAUGAGUCGGGUGCAGCGAAUCCAGUGCUGGUGCCAAGCAACUCAGUGGCGGCAGCAGCAGAGACAGCAGCUCUAGCAGCAACCAUGUCCGAAACCCACGCUGCUGCUGCCACUGCUGCUGGGGCUGCUGCUGGGGCUGAUGGUGGCGUGGCUGCUGUUGGUGUUGCUGCUGGUCCGAUUCCUCUCUCCCUCUUCGGGGAUGACGUGGCAGUUGCUGAGCUGGAGAACGCUGAGCUGUCACUCGGGCCGUUCCCUUCCACUGGCAGCAGCAAGCCAGCUGACCAGGCUUCAGGCGCAGGCACAGGCGUGGGAGCAGUAGGUGCAGGGGCAGGUGCAGGCAAGGAUGCAUCUACCACUGCUGCUGCUGGCGCUGCUGCUGCUGCUGCUGGUGGUGCUCCUGGUUCUGGGAAAUCCGGGAACUUUAUGGAUUUGCUCUCGUCUCUAUAUGGAAGCUCGUCUGCAGGAACUGCAGCAGGCACAGGAGCAGCAGGAGGAGCAGGAGGAGCAGCAGCAGGGGGAGGAGGAGGAGGAGCAGGAGGGAGGCUGGAAGGGGCCCGGUUGGGUCAAACUUUCUCUACCGGACGAGUGCCUCUGGCAAUGGCGUCUGCUGCUGGGUAUGGCGGUUUGUUCGGGCUGCUCUCCCCAGGAACCCCACCUACCGAUGUGCCUCUAAGGGGUUCCAUGAGUGAGCAGGUGGGGCAGAGUGGGCGGGGAGGGGGAGGGGUGGGUGGGUCGCUGUCAGGGGAGAGUGCAGAAGGGUGGGAGGAGCAAGGUGACGGGUUGGCGGGCGGCACGGGUUUGUCCUUUGCGGCGGUGGACGGCGGUGGUAGUGGAACCGGUAGUGGUGGCGAUGGUAGUGGUCCAGGCGCUUCAGGUGCCCAAGGAGGGCCUUCAGGUGCUUCAGGUGGUUCCUCAGGUGCCGCAGGUGCAUCCUAUCGCAGCAGCGGGCUCCCAGGGGGCGGGCUACAGGGCCUGGCAGCAGACCACGUGCUGCUCAUAGUGGGGGCUCAACUGGGGGAGGGCGUAUUCACCGCCAGCAUCACUGCAGCCUUAGAAUCCGUCCUUCAGCCCACUGUAAUCCGCCUCCCAAAUGAAACCUCCCAGCAGCGGUGGGAGGAGACGCUACAGGAGUUGGCGGAAGGGACGGAGAGCGUAGCUCGGAAUGAGUAUGGGCGGCUGAGUGGGGAGUUGGUGAGGGAGGGAAGGAUGGAGGAGGCGUAUGCGUGCCGGCUGCAUGCUGCAGCGGUGCAGCUGCUGCCGGACUGUCAGGGGCAAUACUCUAUGGCUCUGGGGGAUGGACGAGUGGAGGCAGCUGCUGCAGUGAGGGAAGACAUAAAGCGGAUGGAGACUGUGUUGGGCAGCCCUGCUGCCGUGGAAGGGUGGAGGGAGAGGAGGAGCGCAGCAGCGCCUUCAAUGCUACCAAACGGACACGUGGAUCAAGACGGUGGUGACAAAACAACCACCGAAGGUGGUGGGAUAACAACCACUGAAGGCGGCGAGGGAACUACCACAGAGGGUGGCAACGCAACCACAGAGGGUGGCGAGGCAAACACUGAAAGCAGUGUGGCUGGGAUUGGCACUGAAUCUGAAGGGACUGAGGGCGCUGUGACACAGACAGAGGACGGCACGUCGAGCUUACAGGAAGCUGGAGCAGCGUCUGCUACAGCGGACGAACCACCACAUGCUACAGCUGAAGCAGCAGCCGAGAGCAAGCCGGGGAGGGACUUGGCGUCUCUGCGGUGGGACGAGCGGUCGGUGGGGGAGAUGGGGGAGCUGCUGGGUCGGGGCAAGGGAGACGCCAGAGCUGCUGCCUUUGAUGGGGAAUUCAAGCAACGAGAAAUAUGUGAUCUGGCCGCCCGGGAUCUCACAGCAGCGCUGCUGGUGCACCGAAGGGCCGUCUUCUGGUACAACAUUCUCUCGGCAGUUUCUGCGGCGGAGGCGGCGUCGUUUGUCCGGUUGUGGGGGGCUGUAGUGGCGCGGUGUGCAGAUGUGCUGGAGGCAGCAGUGGGCGUGAAGGAGAAAGCUGCUGCUGAUGGUGCUGGCACGCUCUCUGCCCUGCUCGAUGCUCCAAAAGCACGUGACUAUUUCGCAGCCAUCACCCAGACCUACGGUGUGCUUGUUGUCAUUGCUGCUUGUGCCCAGCUGCACCGACCCUGGCUCUCCGUCAGGCGCGGCGCAGGCUCGGCAGGACCACCGUCAGGGUCGGGUGAAUCUGGCGGCAUGGCAGGGGGAGGUUCGGGGGAGGAGGAACAAAGGGGAGGGGACGGGGAGGGGGAUAUACUGUGGGCACACCUGCUUAGGGGGCAGGCAGCAUGGCAGAAUGGAGGGCUGGAAGCAGUGGCCAAUGAGGUGCUGCCACGUGUCAUGGUGCCGCUGUCGUGGUCGGACGUGGAGAAGGUGCUGGAGGGCGCUGAGCUGGCAGCGGUGCAGCGGGCUGCUGAGCUGGCGCUGGAAGGGCGGCAGAGGCACAUGGGGCUUGUGGGAGGGUCGGGGACUCUGCUGUGUGCUCUCACCCGGCUGCCCAUCUUUGCUUUCACAUCGGUGGCAGCAGUGGAGUGCUACGGCCAGCUGGCUAAGGGUGCGUUCUUGGCUGGUGUCAAGCUUCGGGCCAAGCUGCUUGACACGAGGUGA